AAAAACAGAACUCGGUUUUUGUGAGUUCAUCUGGUUUUUUCUGUUUUGUUUUUUUGUUUACUCACUGAUGGGCGUGUGGGCAACGCAAUAAUGGAUGAAGUGGACAAGAUAAUCAUGCAUCAGUUGCAGCAAAUCGAUGCCAGCAUCGAGCCAACAGAUCAACUCUCCACUUUCACGCCGGAGCAAGUGGUUCGAGCGGUUUCGAGUUGUCUGCUGGAAAUCAAUCCAACGAUGACCGAGGACUUGCCACGAUUCCUGCCGGGUGGCGCAAUGGCGCAACGUUUUAGUGUGGCCACAACACUAGCCGAGCGCUGCAAGGAGCACGGUUAUCGUGGUGACAUUGGCUACCAGAUAUUCCUCUACCCGAACGCAGUGGAACUGCGUCGCCUGCUGAUGUUUCUCAUCGAGAGAUUGCCACGCGAACGCCAGCACCUGGACAGUCUGGCUGGCAAGGCGCACACAGUCAGCGCCCGGGAACUGUUGCAGCGUGAGCUACGCAAGAAAUUGACCGAGCAACUGAAGUCGCCGUGGGUGCCCCAGUUCUGUCGUGCGGUGGCAAAUCGACGGCAAUUGGGUUGCAGCUGCCAGUGCAUUGAAUUCAAGCCGCAUCCCAAUCUGAAUGUGCCCGGCGCCAAUCUGGAGCACCGCAGCAAAGAAGUGCAGCAGUAUUUUGAGCAGCUGGCACCAAACCUGUUUCAACAAGUCGAUGGCAGCUCGUUUGAUCUGAUUGCGUCGGUGGUGCACAAAAACGAUUUGGAACGUUGGAGCGAACAGGUGCCCAAGGCGGUUAUUGGAGCUGCGGUUCGGGAGGAGCAAGUGCCGCCUAGUCCAGUUGAGAAACUGCUGCCCGCAGAGAAACCCCAAAGGAUUACUGAGUCGCAGUCGCUGGCGGAUGCAGUGCAGCAGCUGCGCUUGGAUUCGGAACAACUGUUGGCGCAGCGCAAGUUGCUCAAUACCAGUUUGGGUAGCUUGAAGGCACGUGAAUCCGCUGCAGCCACCGAAUUGGAUCGCAUCCAAGCUGUACUCAAGCUACACGAGCGUAGCUGUCUGGUGCUGGCGGAACCGGAGCAAAAUGUGGCUAAAUUGGAGGCACUGCUGCAUGCGACAGAAGCUAAAAGGGAGACAUUAACGCAGCAGUGGCAGGAUUAUCGCAAACCGCUGCUCAGCACGCUUGACAACCUCAAGUCGGCCAAGGAGACGCAACAGGUGCAAAGCGUGCGGCUGGGCAUUGAGCAACUGGAGCUGGAGCUGCUCGCCAAGACGCAACAGCACGCGGAGCUACUGCAGCGCAGUGCGAACCAAUCGCAGUUGGCGCCACGCAAGGAGUACACGCUGCGCAUCCACGAAUUUAUUGGCAACAUACGCAAACAGCGCGACGACAUCUUCAAGGUCCUGGACGAUACGCGUCAGUUGCAGAAGCAGCUGAAUGUGGUCGCCGCUCAACUGGAGCGACAGUUCAACUAUACGGAUGAUCUGCUCUUCCAGAGCGCCAAGCAUGAUCUGCACGCCAAGAAGGCCUACAAACUGUUGGCCCAGUUGCAUGCCCAUUGUAGCGAACUGGUCGAGUGUGUCACCAACACCGGCAACGUUAGCAAGGAGAUCCGGGAACUUGAAGUCCAAAUCGAUGGCGAGAAGAUGAAGAACGUGUUGAUCAGUUUGCAACAAAUCACUGGAGACAUCAACAAAUUUGAACAGCAUAUUCAGGAGCUGCAGUCACAGAUACGCAUCGUAGAGAACGCCAUUACAGUUGGAUAGUUGAUAGUUGAUAUUUGUGGGUUAUUUCUCUCGCAUAACGAUAUUAGUAUAUUUAUAAAUAUAUUACUUGUGGAUUAGUGCCAAUUAUAACAGAUCACUCACGCAUAGCGUAGUUUCUUGUAGCCAAUUUUCAAUAUACAUAUGCAUUUUUUAAGUAUCAAAUAAAACGGACCUGAUUAUCUUCACAA